AUGGCGCAGCGCCGAAACCCGCGGCUGAAGAGUGGGGAGCGCCCGGCGGCCUCCGCCUCCUCACCCGCAGCUGCCAGGAACGCUUUGCCCGCGCAAGCCGCCGCACCGCAGCGCUCUCCCCACCGAGGCCCCGCGCCGCCCCCGGGGAGCCCGGAGCCCAGCCCCGGGCGGUGGGGCGAGGAGCACCCGGCGGAGAGGAGCCUCCGGGGCUGGGAGAGGCCGGGCGACCGCAGCGACCCUCCCGGAGCGGACGAGGCACGGCGGCCCGACCCAGAGGCGGAGGCGCCUCCGGCGCGGAGCGGCGAGGCGGCUCCGAGCGGCGCGGCCGACGCGGUGAUCGUCUCCAGGUCGGAUCCCAGAGACGAGAAACUGGCCCUGUACCUGGCGGAGGUGGAGAGGCAGGACAAGUACCUGCGACAGAGGAAUAAGUACCGAUUUCACAUCAUUCCCGACGGCAACUGCCUCUACCGAGCGGUCAGCAAAACAGUGUACGGAGACCAGAGCCUGCACCGGGAGCUGAGGGAACAGACGGUGCAUUACAUCGCCGAUCAUCUCGACCACUUUAGCCCCCUGAUUGAGGGCGACGUGGGGGAGUUCAUCAUCGCUGCUGCUCAAGACGGGGCGUGGGCCGGGUACCCGGAAUUGCUGGCCAUGGGGCAGAUGUUGAAUGUGAAUAUACAUUUAACUACUGGAGGGAGGUUGGAGAGCCCCACGGUGUCUACCAUGAUUCACUAUUUGGGCCCAGAGGAUUCCCUAAGGCCUAGUAUUUGGCUCAGUUGGCUCAGUAAUGGACAUUAUGAUGCGGUGUUUGAUCACUCCUAUCCCAACCCAGAGUAUGACAAUUGGUGCAAACAGACUCAAGUGCAAAGAAAACGCGAUGAAGAACUUGCCAAAUCCAUGGCCAUAUCCCUGUCCAAAAUGUAUAUUGAACAAAAUGCAUGCUCAUGAAGUAUCUGAAAACCUGCACCCUGGGAGAAUUGCAUACAUAAUUGUGUUGGGAGAAUUAUGAACUGUAAUCAGGGUAAUAGCACUUUUAAACUUCCUAGUAGAUUUACCGUAGGUGUAAUGCCUUAAUCAUUUUUUUGAAUGUUUUCUCCUCAGAGCUGAAGGUUGCUGGGCACCUAAAUGAUGUUUCAUGAUGGCUUUGGGUGAUCCUACUGCUAUUUAUAAUUUGCUGUAUAAAGUUGGCACUUCUUCAUUUGCAAGCUAGUUUCUCACGGUGUAAAUUUGUUCAUUCCUGGUAAUCUGUUUUCUAUAAAAAUGUAUUUUUGCACAUUUUUAAAAAUUGGUGUACCUUCAUCUAUGAUGUGUUCCAUUUUGACAAACAGCUUUCCGGCAUAAAUCCAGAGAAGUGCUUUAUAUGAAGUUUAUUACUUUGAACAGAGUUUGUGAUUUAGUAGUUAUUUUAUGUUGUUCAAUUUGAAUUUUAUGAUUCUUAGAUAAUUAUUUCAAAUGGCUAUUGAUGCAUUUGUGUUACCAGAUGAUUGGCCCAUUCCAUUUUAAUGAAAAACAGAUUUGUUUUGGAAAUCAUUAUUUUUCUAGAAAUGGUCAACCUUUUAAAGAGAUAUUUCUCUUAAGGGAAGGUUGGGGGAAGAAUUUUCUUUAAGGGAUAGUAGCAGUCUUACUUGAAUGAAAGUCUGAUAUUUGCUGAUGGCAGAGUGAUGACUAAUCUGUACUUCGGUUGGCCUUUAGAGUAGAUUGUCUGGUGCUCUGAAUUGUUUUUAUUUAUAUUUGUCGUUUUGUUAUAAAAGCAUUUUAACUUGUGACAAGAUAAGCCUCCUGCUUUAUCAUAGCUUCUUGGAUUCAACGUAGAGAUUUAAAAAACUACUAGCAUAAAUGCCUCAAAUCAACCUUGGCCGUUGUUUUAUAGCAGGAGAAUACUGUCUUAAUAUUUUAUUCCUUUUAAAUUCUUUCAAAAGGCAAACUAGGAUUGCCCUGUAUUAUGUACAAAUAAAAAUGUCUGUAAACAGAUCUUGUAUGGUUUGCUGGGUCAAACAAUGUUCUCAACCUAAAAUCUAUCUCAUUUCCACUUUAACUACUUCUAGUCAUAUUUAUUAAGUACUGCAGUUUGUACUUUUUUUAUUUUGUAACAUUUUGUGAUUUUUUUGUACAAUACUGUAUUUGUACAAUAGAGCGAUUCUCAGCUGAUGGAAUGAAUGAAUAAAAUGCAUAAUUUUACUUUUA